GCUGGGGGCGUAGCGCGCUGAGCCGAGGUGGGGGGUCCGGCUGUGUAAGCUCUAGCUGUGCGGGACACGGCCCGCCGGAACCGGCCCGGGGCGGUCAGGGGCGGCCGGCAGGUGCUUCCGUGGCCGCGAGCGACACGCACGCGCGACCUCAGGUUGUUUUUCAUCAUUCAGAACAUUGCCUGAAGCAGGUCCACCAUGCCGUUAGUAACGAGGAACAUCGAGCCAAGGCACCUGUGCCGUCAGACGUUGCCUAGAGUUCCAAGCGAUCUGGAAUGCGUGACCAACAUCACCCUGGCAAAUGUCAUCCGACAGCUGGGCAGCCUGAGUAAAUAUGCAGAGGACAUUUUUGGAGAGCUCUUUAUUCAGGCAAAUACCUUUGCCUCUCGGGUAAGCUCUCUUGCUGAGAGGGUCGACCGCCUACAAGUGAAAGUCACUCAGCUGGAUCCCAAGGAAGAAGAAGUGUCACUACAAGGAAUCAACACCAGAAAGGCCUUCAGAAGCUCCACUAUUCAAGACCAAAAGCUUUUUGACAGAAACUCUCUCCCAGUACCUGUCUUAGAAACAUACAACACCUGUGAUACUCCUCCACCUCUCAACAAUCUCACCCCUUACAGGGACGAUGGGAAAGAGGCACUCAAAUUCUACACAGACCCUUCGUACUUCUUUGAUCUUUGGAAGGAGAAGAUGCUGCAGGACACCAAGGAUAUCAUGAAAGAGAAGAGAAAGCACAGGAAAGAAAAGAAAGAUAAUCCAAAUCGAGGGAAUGUAAACCCACGUAAAAUCAAAACACGGAAAGAAGAGUGGGAGAAAAUGAAGAUGGGUCAAGAAUUUGUGGAAUCCAAAGAAAAGUUGGGGACUUCUGGGUAUCCACCCACCAUGGUAUACCAGAACGGCAGCAUCGACUCUGUGGAAAACGUGGUUUCUGGCAGCUACCCACCACCACCACAGACAGACUCUACUUCUCCACCUUCUCCUUCCUUCUCUGAAGACAGCUUGCCUCCCCCACCAGCAGAAUUCAGCUAUUCUUCAGACAACCAAGGGGGAUCUGGCUUGGUUGGAACCAAACGGUCCAGUGUGGUCAGCCCGAGCCACCCACCACCAGCUCCUCCACCGGGUCCCAAAUCUGGAUUUGCUCCACCACCUGCACCUCCACCUCCACCUCCACAUCCACUCGUGGGGGUUCCACCCCUUUCACCUCCUGGAGGAUUUGGGUCUUCAGGGCCCCCACCACCGCCUUCACCCCCAUCUUUUCCACCUCACCCUGAUUUUGCUGCCCCUCCACCACCUCCCCCCCCACCGGCUGCUGACUAUCCCAUCCUGCCACCACCUCCUUUGUCCCAGCCAACAGUAGGAGUAUCACCUCCUCCACCUCCUCCUCCUCCUCCUGGGCCCCCACCACUCCCCUUGAGUAGUGUGGAUUCUCAGCCUGCCCCCCCACCUCCACUUUCUGAUGCCACCAAACCCAAGUCUUCUUUGCCUCCUGUGAGUGAUGCCCGCAGUGACUUGCUUUCAGCAAUUCGUCAAGGCUUUCAGCUGCGCAGGGUUGAGGAGCAACGGGAGCAAGAGAAGCGGGAUGUCGUGGGCAAUGACGUGGCCACCAUCCUGUCACGCCGCAUUGCUGUUGAGUACAGCGACUCGGAAGAUGACUCUUCUGAGUUUGAUGAGGACGACUGGUCGGAUUAAUGCCUUCUGGCUGCUUCCCAUCUUCUUUUUUCUUUCCUUCCUACUUACUAAAUUGAUGCUUGCUCCCCACAAUUUUAUGGGAAGCAAAGGGAGGAAAAAAGAAAUUUCAAGGGGCCAAAGUC